UUGUUGAAGUAAAAUGUUCGUCUCGAUUUACCUAGCCGCGGGUGUCUGUAUCAGUUUCUACAUAUGGAUGAAGUGGCGUUUCUCCUAUCUGAAGCGUCGUGGCAUUGCCCACGAACCUCCCCUGCCCAUAGUGGGCAACAUGUGGGGCUGGAGAGUGACCCAACAUACCUCACAGAUAAUGCAAAGGCUAUAUCUGAAGUACAAACACUUGGGACCUUAUGUGGGGGCAUACUUCCUCAUGACACCCAUUUACAUCAUAACGGAUAUGGAGCUAUUGAAACGCAUACUCAUUAAAGACUUUACGAAUUUCGACAGUCGCGGACUAUUCUACAAUGAGCAGGAUGAUCCAUUGUCCGCCCACCUCUUCGCUGUUGAUGGUCCCAAGUGGCACAGCCUGAGACCACGAAUGACUCCCAUUUUCAGUGGAGCCAAAAUGAAACUUAUGUUUCCAGCAGUCACCCGAACGGCUCAGGAACUAGUCAAAGUGCUAAAGGAGCGCUGCAGCGGAGCAGCUGCUUCCUUAGAGGUUACCAAGCUGCUGGCCUGCUAUACAUCGGAUACGAUAGGAACUGCGAUAUUUGGACUAGAGUGCAACGGGCUGCGGGAUCCGAAGGCACCCUUUGUGCAAAUGGGUCUCAAUGCUAUGCUGAAGAAGCGUUAUGAUUACAUCUUUUGCUUGUUCUUCCCCAAGCUCAGUCUAAAGCUUCAUCUCAAGCGCACGCCUGCUGAUGUGGAGGCCUUUUACAUGGGCCUCGUGAAGGACACUAUCAAGUACAGGGAAGAACACAACAUUAAGUGCAAUGAUUUCGUGGGAAUUAUGCUGGAAAUGAAACAAAAGUACGAGGCGGGAAACACGGAGGAGGGAUUGACUCUCAAUGAGAUUGCCGCGCAGAUGUACGUGUUUCUUGUGGCUGGAUUUGAGACAACAGCCACAGCUUUAAGCUUGGCUCUGUAUGAGCUAGCACGCGACGAGCAUAUACAAAGCCAGCUGCGUGGGGAGAUUGAGGAGGCAAUUGCUCAGCAUGGCGAACACGGUGAGCUCACCUACGAAGCAUUGCAGAAAAUGAAGUAUCUUGAACAGGUCAUUUCUGAGACCCUUCGCAUGUAUCCCGUUGCCACGGAGCAUUUACGCCGCACCAAUGCUCGCUAUGAAGUGCCUGGUCAUCCGCAUCAUUAUCUGCCAGCUGGGGCACAGCUCAUCAUUCCCGUCUAUUCCAUACAUCACGAUCCCGAGUACUAUCCGGAGCCAGAGAAGUUUCAGCCAGAACGUUUCAGUGACGAGGCCAUCCAACAGCGUCCCAGCUGUGCCUUUAUUCCAUUUGGUCAAGGACCUCGCAUUUGUAUUGGGAUGCGAUUUGGCCGCAUCAAAGUCGCUGUGGGUCUCAUCGCAUUGUUGCGUAAUUUUCGUUUCAGUUUCGCUGACGAAACGCCACAGCGAAUGCAAUUCGAGAAUCAUUCAUUUCUACUGCACACAAAGGGCGGGUUCAAACUGCGGGUGGAAGAACUGCAAUAAAAUAUCUAUUACAAAUUGUAAAAAAUGUCUAGACAAAGAGAACAUUUGCUGCAGUGAGAAAAGUGCAAUUGAGUUGAAAUACUUUGACUUUCAAUGCCCAUUCAUAAUACUAUUUAUUAAAAGGGUGUAUUUAUCAAUUUAUGCUAUAGCUCUAAUGUUCUUCAAGCACACAGCCAUAAAAAGAAUACAAACAACAAUGUCAAACCAGUUGACAAUGUAGUAGAAAAACUCAACUGGUUAGACGACGCUAUGUAUCAAUUAUCGCUCUCCAUAUAUGC